UCGGCAGCUGUAAUGCUGUACGGCACUUUCGUCACGAUUUGCUUUCCAGGGUCAUCUUUAAACUUUCGUUUCAAGCUAAAUGUUUACAAUUUCCCUGUUGACCUUCCCAACUGGACGCUCCAAAAACGAGCCUCACAUAAUUCCAUGAAUUAUUUUAAACCCUGACGAAUCUGCGGGCCAGGGUCUCAGUGUGUCCUUCACUACCCGGUGUCACACACGGGCAGCACGCGCCUCACAACGGAAACACACACACAGAGGGAAUCAUGGCGGUUCAGGUUUCCGAGUCCGACCAGAUCAAACAGUUUAAGGAGUUUCUGGGAACAUACAACAAGGUCACAGAGAACUGUUUCAUGGACUGCGUCAAAGAUUUCACCACAAGAGACGUGAAGCCCGAGGAGUCCAGCUGCUCCGAGUCCUGCCUGCAGAAGUACCUGAAGAUGACUCAGCGGAUCUCCAUGCGUUUCCAGGAAUAUCACAUUCAGCAGAACGAGGCUCUUGCCGCCAAAGCUGGACUUCUGGGACAGCCUCGUUGAGUUGGUCUUAAGAAACCCAACAAAGUGAGCAGAACCACAUGGGCCCUGGUCCAGCAGAUGCUUGAUCAGCAGAAGAAGGACCAAAGCAGGAGCUGAUCAUGGUGUGUUUUGAUUUCAAACUGAGCCAAGGCCACAGAAAGAGGUAGCCCUCUUGUAUGAAGGCCCCUUUUUCUUGGACAGAACAGAGAUCCUAGCAUCUGAUUAGCAGUUCACUGUCGGAUUAUAAUGAGAAACCUAGAUGGUUUUAUCUUUGUAUUUCUUGUUCAGUUACUGUGUACCAGCAUUGAAGUUGGUGAGGAAUUCCUUUUAUCUUUGAGAAAACGUUGGAUCUGGUAUUUUAUCUGUGAAAAUAAUAAAAACAUCUGACAAACAUGAAUA